UCACAUUCUCAGUUUUAAAGUCUCUCACUAAGACAAAACACACCCAGAAAAUAGCUCACUAAGACAAGACAACCCACCUAAACCAAACCGACAAAACAUAAAUACAAGCACCAAACACAUUCACCAAAACAAAAUCACCCACUUCCAAGCAACACAUACAAUGCAACUCCCACAACCACCGCUCCCGACCACCACCGCCGCCGCCGGAAACUCCCCAACCACCACCUCUAAAGACCACACGAAAACCACCAUUGCAGUCAUCCUAACCACUUCUCUUUUCUCACUCCUCUUCAUUUUCUCACUCUCCCCCUCCACUUCCCUCCACACCUCCUCCGGCCACACCCGACCCGACCCUUUUCUUUUCCCCACCCGCCAACCCACUUUCACCAAACUCCCGUCUGAUCUCCCCGUCUCCCCCCCUUCAAUCGCCUACUUAAUCUCCGGGUCGAAAUCGGACUCGGAUCGGAUACUCAGGCUCCUUCAUGCUACUUACCAUCCCAAAAAUCAUUAUCUUUUACACUUGGACCGUUUUGCCCCUCAAUCGGAGCGUGACAAAUUGGCUAUUAACGUACAGUCUGUGCCCGUAUUUAAAGCUGCAUUGAACGUUAAUGUGAUCGGAAAAGCUGACUUUGCUUACCCAAGAGGGUCAUCUCCGAUUUCAGCUACUUUACACGGUGCUGCAAUUUUGUUGAGAUUGUCUAAGAAUUGGGAUUGGUUUGUUAAUUUGAAUGCUGGUGAUUACCCACUUGUUACUCAAGAUGAUUUGCUUCACAUUUUCUCGUAUUUGCCGAGGGACUUCAAUUUUGUUAACCAUACGAGUUACAUUGGCUGGAGAGAGGCUAAAAGAUUAAAGCCGAUAAUUGUUGAUCCGGGGCUCUAUCUUUCGGAGAGAAGUGAUAUGUUUUAUGCUACGCAAAAGCGGGAAUUACCGAAUGCAUUCAGAAUAUUUUCAGGUUCUUCUUUUUCCAUUUUAAGUCGUAAUUUAAUAGAUCACUGCAUCCUGGGCACAGACAAUUUUCCAAGGAUUCUAAUGAUGUAUUUUUCAAAUACACCUUCAGCUCUCACCAACUACUUCCCUUCCAUUAUAUGUAAUUCCCGUCAGUUUAACAGGACUGUUGUAAACCAUAACUUACAAUAUGCAGCUUUCGAGAAACCCUCUAAGCAAGAGCCUCGCAUGCUCAAUUCUAGCGAAUUUGAUGCUAUGAUUAUGAGUGGAGCUGCCUUUGCCACGCAGUUUAGACUCAAUGAUCCAGUGCUUGAUCGCAUUGACCAGGAACUUUUGGGACGGAGUCCUGAACAAGUCGUGCCAGGUGGGUGGUGCUUGGGUGAACCUGGGAACUCGACAUGUUCAGUUUGGGGUGAUGCUGAUGUUCUAAGACCUGGUCCAGGAGCAGCAAGGCUUGAAAAACGAAUUGUUGAAAUGCUGUCUAGGAGUGUACUUCGGUCGCGGCAAUGUAUAGUUGAGUGAACUGCUAAAAGCAGAGAGCAAGAGCAGAAAGGUAGAGUCCAGCUCUUUGUUGUUCAAGAAUUUUGUAAGAAAUUAAUUCAAUCUGAUAUAAUUUUAGCAAUAGAUAAAUCAUAGCUCAGUCAGAGAUGAGACUUGAAAUUGUUGUAAAGUGAAAUCACAGAGCUGACCAAAUGUUUAGUCGCAAUAGAUAUGUUAUUGAUGAACAAGCAUUCUUGCAUUAAUUCAAUGGAAGUUUCAGUUU